AUGGACUUCGACCACCUUCUCCAUCAAUUAGAACCAUUACUGGAUAAUGAAGCCCUUUCCAGGAUACAAGACGACUCAAAUGCGACACAACACAUCGUCACGACGUUAGCGGAACUAGCAGUUCAACUUCGGGCUCCAAACAAUAGAGACGUUGUAAGGGAAAGUGGUAUUUACGACCGUUUUCUGAAGUUUCUGGACUCCGCUUUGGAAAAUAGCGAGUUAUCGGACAACGUCAUCGCCGUGCUAUCAGAGCUGACCCGCUGUUUAGCCAAUUGUUUGGCUGACAACGACCCUAAUAGAAUUAUUUUCAUGGCCCGAUAUGUGAGCGGAAAGAACUCCAAUAGUUCAGGUCUCUCAAAUUUGUUAAAGCUGAGUGUGUCUCACCAUACUUUGAAGUUCAGGUCAUUGGCAUUGAUCAAAAAUCUGUGUUUGGGUAAUCAAGAGUAUUCAGAGGCAAGUUCCUCAAUUUUGACCUCUGAGUUAUUUCAAGUUCUUAGGUCUUGUAGUGCUGAUAGCACUCAAGAAGACGAAAUUGACUCUAUAGCCAUGGCAGCAGAUCUGCUGUUUGAAUUCACAGAAUUUUCAUACAACACAGUUUCAAGAGCUGACAUCGGGAUACUAGUAGAGCUACUGCGGCGGGUUGCACCCAAUUCUGGGUUACAAAGCUCCAGCGAAGAUAGCGGUGAUGAAGAGGAUGCUCAAGGCGAAAUAUCACAGCUUUUGACAGGGAUUGUGGAAGGCGUUGUCUCCAAGAACGAGGACCUGGACUUUUCAGAUUCUGUUGCAACCCACACACUACAAAAGACCGUAUUGGAGUCAUUGGCACUGCUGGAGGCGAAGACAACGCUCGAAAACAAGCUGAUCAUGAUGCGCAGGCUUGUUUCCAUUGCGGGGCUUAUUUCUGCCAGCAAAUCUAAUACCAACCUUCAGGACAGGGAUAUGUGCUACCAGAUUGUCCAGAACGCUGAUGGCGGGUACACAAUCGCUGCUGCGCUUAUCAUACUGUCAAAUUGCGUUUCGUCACGUCAAUCGGCAGACGAGAUAUCUGCAAAUCUGUCACUGGGGCUCAUUAUCGAGAAGUGUGAGGGAUUCAGGGACCCGGUGCAAUUUCAAGGAUUUUUGGACCUUUUGAAGAAGAUUUUGAAUCUAUCUAACGCACACGAGCUACAUGAACCCGAUCUAAGUCUUCUUUCACUGCAAUUGAAAACCUGCCACGAUCAAUGCCAGUAUUUUCAAAGUCUGGCACCGCUUGUGGAUGCUUUUCUUGACAAGUUGGUUGCCGUGCUGCCCGGCUCUGUGCUUCGAAGAACAAUAUUGUCAAACGACAACCUCAAAACUGUCAUCACCGAGCGUGGUGGCAUUGCCACUGCUCUUUUAAUAGACAAACUAGUCUUGCAGCGCAGGGGUCGCGAGGACUACUCACUUUUGGAUACCCUAUGGGCGUCUAUAUUCCGUUUCGUGCGCGAUUCUUCAACGGUCACCCAGCCACAGGGAGUCUCUACGCCCUUCUUGUUCCAACUCAUGAAAUCACUAGGAAUAUAUCUUCGAUCCCUAAGAAUUGAAGACCCCAAUCCUGUGUUUGAAGCGCAUUCUCGCCAGCUUUCCAUGUUGUUCGAUACAAUUGCGUCGUUGGCGACCAAAACCGAUCCUGCAAGCAAAAGCAUCUACAACAACGCCCGUUUCGUCGCAGGAAUGACCAUAAACCUGCUCAAGGAUGUGACAGGACCUACGUACCGCGCCCAACUGCUGGAAUCUGCCACGCAACUGCUUAUGGACCAUUAG